UGCAGUCUUCUAGACUCCCUUGACUUUGUCUACCCUUCGCAUGACAUUGUCGCUGCCUCGUUCACUAACAGUUUUGUGUUUUAAUCAGACUCGGUGGACUACACUCUCGUCGAUCUUCCGUUGUAGACACUUUCCGUGGCAUUUGUUCUUUCAAAGCCGUGCUUGCUUGGCACAGUUGAAUCCUGUGACGUUAAGUAGAACCAUGGCUCUAAACAAGCUCAGCAUUGACAAGGUCGACCUCGCCGGCAAGAGAGUCUUGAUGAGAGUGGAUUUCAAUGUACCUUUAAAAGAUGGUAAAAUUACUAACAACCAAAGAAUCACUGCAGCCCUUGAUACUGUUAAAUAUGCUUUGGACAAAAAAGCCAAGUCUAUUGUCUUGAUGUCUCAUUUGGGGAGACCCGAUGGCAGCAAAAAUCUCAAAUAUACCUUAAAACCAGUGGUUGACGAAUUGAAGUCGCUUUUAGGGAAAGACAUAAUAUUCUUGGAUGAUUGUGUGGGACCUGCUGUUGAGGCUGCUUGUGCUGAUCCAGCACCUGGAUCAAUCAUUCUUUUGGAAAAUUUGAGAUUUCAUGUUGAAGAGGAAGGCAAAGGUGUCGGCCCUGAUGGUAGUAAGAUUAAAGCAGAUAAAGAUAAGGUCACGGAAUUCAGAGCAUCUCUGAGGAAACUUGGAGAUGUGUACAUUAAUGAUGCCUUUGGUACUGCUCACAGAGCCCACAGUUCGAUGAUGGGUGAUGGUUUUGAUAUUAGGGCCAGUGGUUUCUUGCUUAAAAAAGAGUUGCAAUACUUUGCUAAGGCUUUGGAUAAUCCAGAAAAACCAUUCCUCGCCAUCCUUGGUGGAGCCAAGGUUGCAGACAAAAUCCAACUGAUCAAUAAUUUGUUAGAUAAAGUUCAUGAAAUGAUUAUUGGUGGAGGCAUGGCUUACACAUUUUUAAAAGUUACCAAAAAUAUGAAGAUUGGCAAUUCUUUGUUUGAUGAGGAAGGUGCUAAGAUUGUUAACGAUUUGUUGGCUAAGGCAGAAAAAAACAAAGUUCAGAUUCAUUUGCCGAUAGAUUUUGUUACAGCAGAUAAGUUUGCUGAAGAUGCAGCAGUUGGAGCUGCUGAUAUUGAAAGUGGCAUUCCAGAUGGUUGGAUGGGUCUUGAUGUGGGACCAAAGUCAAGGGAAUUGUUUUCAGAGCCAAUCAAGCGAGCCAAAGUCAUUGUCUGGAAUGGUCCAGCUGGAGUCUUUGAAUUUGAUAACUUUAACAAAGGAACAAAGACUCUAAUGGACAAUGUCGUUGAAGCAACGAAACGGGGUGCUACAACGAUUAUCGGAGGAGGUGACACUGCAACUUGUGCGGCAAAAUGGAAAACUGAAGACCAAGUUAGCCAUGUCAGUACUGGUGGAGGUGCAAGUUUGGAACUAUUGGAGGGCAAAGAAUUGCCUGGUGUAGCAGCACUUUCCCCAGCAUAAAAGUAUUGUAUUCGACUUGGGUGGCUCAAUGACAAUAGCCAACGUUACAGAAAUGUAAAAUAUUUAUUGAAUGCGUUAUUCGUAAUGUAAAAUUUAGAUUUCACUUUUUUUUAAAGUCGUUAGAUUAUAUCUGCUGAAAAUAAAUAAUAACAUGCAUCACUGUUA